ACACGCCGUCACUCCUCUCUCUCUCUCUCUCUCUCUCUCUCUCUCUCUCUCCCUCGUUUUUUGUCCUAGUUCUUCCCACAAAAAAAUGGUGAUGCCAGAGAAGGGCCUCUCGAACCCCCUGAACGCGAAGCUUACCGGCUCGGGCACCGAGACUGUGGUUCUCGCUCACGGUUUCGGAUCAGACCAGACCGUGUGGGACAAUAUCCUCCCUCACUUGUCUCAUCAUUUCAGGGUCCUCACCUUCGACUGGGGCUUCUCGGGAGCUGUCAAGGAGCAAGAAGGUCUGUUCGACCCUGUGAAGCACUCGUCCUAUGAAGGUUUAGCCCGUGAUCUGAUCUCUCUCCUCGAUGAGCUCGAUCUCAAGUCCACAGUCUUUGUCGGCCACUCCAUGUCCGGCAUGAUCGGUUGCAUCGCCUCUGUGAAGAGGCCUAACCUCUUCAAGCACCUCAUACUCCUUGCUGCUUCUCCUAGGUACUUAAACACGGACGGCUACGAGGGCGGAUUCGGGACCGCGCAGAUCGAUCAGCUCCUAGCGAGCCUAGAGUCUGACUACUACGGAUGGACGGCCAACUUUGCUUCUCUGAGGGUGCAGGGCGACCCCCUUACGAUCGAGGUGUACACCAAGUGCUUGAGAACGAUGAAGCCUGAAGUUGCGCUUCCCUUAGCCAGGACGAUUUUCCUAUCUGACCACAGAGAGAUCCUUGGGAGAGUGACGACCCCGUGCACUAUAAUUCAGACCACGAACGACACCGCAGUGCCAAACUCGGUCGCCCAUUAUAUGCGCGACAAAAUCCAGGGAAAAUCAACAAUCGAGAUGAUCGAAGCCGAUGGCCAUUUCCCUCAGCUCACCGAACAUCUGCAGUUUCUCAAUGUGUUGGGCAGAAUCUUAGGGUUUGAAUAUAAUUAGCAGAUGAUUAAGCUCCUAGAAUUUUCAUCAUAUGAUUAUACCCUAGACUAGACUAGAAGUCUAGAAUUACCCUCUUAUUUUUAUAUUUUAUACUCUUAUUUUCUUUUUUCUCUUUUGGAUUUUAUGUAUGGAUAGUGGGUGAGUAAUGUGACAUCCUGAUUUUCAAACC